AUGACUAAAAACAACCUCAAAGACCACCUUGCUUGGUUGUUGGGCAACCUUCAGCUCUCCAACCCUCCCACUGCCGGAGAAGCCAGCGCAAGGCUGCGCACCCCGACCCCGACCGCGUCUUCGUCCAGGACAGUCCCAGCACCACAAAUCGACCUGACUAUAGAUGACGACUCGCUUGCAGAAAUAUCGCUGGAGGAUCUCACGACCGGACACAGGCAAGAGCAGGGUAUGGCGAGGCUCAAUACAAAGUCGACGAGGAAGCCAUCUCUCGUCUCAAAGCAAGAGCAGCUCCCGACUCCGGCAGCAUCUACGACCGGGGGUGGAAGAUUGCAUCAGGCAUACACCGCGUCUCUCAACAAGGAUGACCGUCAGAAGGCACCGACCACCGCGAAGCGGCCAAGCAUGAGCACGGCUCAGUCGUCGACCAGCAGGCUUAGUAGACCUACAGCACGGGAUGUGACGCAGGAGAUCCCUGAGGAGGACGACGAUGGAUUUCAUGACCUAACAAGAGUUGACACCGCCAAUCCGGAUGCGACAGAUUCCACUGUCUGUACCUUUGGGGAGCCUGUUCUACUCUGGACGGAAGAUCAUGCCCUGAGGCCUGAACCGCUGCUUACACCCCGCGGUAAGAAGAGGAAAAGCGGCGAGAUAACCAAGGCCUCACCGAAGAGGACGGAGGCCGUCAAAGCUGAGGACGACGAAUAUCCGGAUAUUGCCGACUUCCUGGAUGAUGACAUGAUGACCCCGGCAAUGGUUAAGCGUCGUACUGCUGGGUUUCAAUCAGCCAAGAGGAGCCCACCCAAGCUCCAACUCGACGCCCCAGAUGCUACAAUUCUCACGCAGCGGACGGUCACGCAGACUGUGAGCACAACAGAGACGAGGUUACACAGACCUUCUAGCAGUGUAGGGCAAACACCAAGUCGGACCGGUUCACGAAACAUUGCCAAAUCCGAGUCUCCGUCCAAAGUUGGUUCUGUGGAUCCAUCCUCGCGAUCAGCCACGCGGUCAAAGGCACAUAGUCCCGAGAAGACAGAUCCGAAGCGCCGUCCGCAAAGCCCUGUGGGCAAGGAUGAAGAAUGGUCGGAUGACGCUGACUUUACGUGGAGUCCAAGUCCUCGAGUUUCCCGCCGGCGCGGAGGCGGAGAUAUUAUCAUGGACUCUGAUGACGAAUUCCAGACGCCUCCGUCACACAAAUCUCCUGAUGCGGCUCUUGUCACAGGUACAGAAGGCUCUGAUUCUGAGCAGGAGAUCCCAAAUCGAGCAACAGAGAAAGAAUCCAACAAAACUGGCCCUAAGUUAUCAUCCGAGCGACAGUCGCUUUCAUCAGUGCUUGAAAAUCAGGUCGUCCCUAGAAGCUCGGCAUCUUUGGUUCAGCCCGAUGACAUGGAUAUCGAUGAUCUCGUUGAGCAGCAGAAACCAACAAGCAUCGCAGCGGAGGGUGCGACACUCAUCAUGGAUAUGUUCCUGGAGAAACCGCACAUCCUCAUUCGUCUUACAAGAUUGGUCAACGAAAAGCUGGCAAAAAAUUCAUCCGAGUUUGCAAGGUCGCUCCGCGAAAAAUGGCCUCCAGAGCGAAAAUUGCAAGUCAAGAAAGAGAAAGAGCCCCUUGUGAAGGAAAAGAAAGCAUUAUCAGAUCUGAAGGCUUCUCAUGAGGCUCAUAAACACCUCAUAGGACAAAAGGAAGAUCUUGUAACUCAGAUUGAGAUGGCAUACGAUGCUGACGAAGACACGACCGAGACCGAGGCCCGCGUAGAGGAAAUGGACAGAGAGAUUGAGCAGAGCGAGCAAGGCUUGAAGCAAGCGCUCGUGACUGCAGGCAUUACCAAGCCUGACAUGUUUCACGAUUUACCAGACUUGCCACUCGAAGAGCCUGAGCCAUCUAAUCCAUCUGCCAAGGCGAGUUCAGCCAUGGCCACACCGUCGUCGUCGAGGGAUAUUACUCUGAUACCGGAGUGUCUCUCUCAAGUCGUCAAAAAAACCCAAGCACUCGCAACAGCCCCAAGACAACAGCCACGUGUUGUGAGCCGCGAAGGGCGCUCAGAGGUAGUCAAGCCGCCUGUGCCUCACUUUCCGCAGCAAGUACCAUCAUCGUCACGAAACUUGGGAGGUAGCAGUGUUCCAAAGCAUAUCCACGCACCACAAGAUGAUCUGGACAUGGAAGAUUUACUUGAUGACGAUGAGGACCUUUGGGUGCAGCCAUUUCGGCCACAUGCCAGGUCUCACGUACCAUCUUCAGCCAGAAGUACUGCAGCAUUGAAGUCCAGAAGCCCAGCGAAAUUAAAACCUCGCCGUCAAGAGAACCACAGCGAUUACGGCGAUGGUGACGAUGAUCUUGCAGCCAUGUUGGCAAUGGCUGAAGAGGCCGAAGACUUCGAGCAGGGUCAAUCUUCGGUAGAGAGUCGGAGCAAUCUUCGGUCUCGAUCAAUUCUGUCGGAGACUUCUGGCAAUGCAAUUUCCACAGCAAGAAUCAAAGCUACAUCUAAAAAGCCUGUCAAGCAGGUGCCAAAACCCAAGAUACCUCAGGAGUUGUUGAAAUUUCCCUGGUCCAGCGACCUCCUGAGGGCCUUCAAGGACAGGUUUCGUCUGGAAGGCUUUAGGCACAACCAACUUGAGGCUAUCAAUGCCACUCUAGAUGGAAAGGACGCAUUUGUUCUUAUGCCAACAGGUGGUGGAAAGUCUUUAUGCUACCAAUUGCCUGCUGUCAUCAACAGUGGCAAAACUCGAGGUGUGACCAUCGUCGUUACCCCUUUGCUCAGUCUGAUGCAAGACCAGGUUGAUCACUUGACGGCUCGAGGCAUUGUGGCAAAAGCUUUCAGCGGUGAUACAGACAGGCGAGAGAAAGAUGAUAUCUUGCAGAGCUUUAAGCUAAGAAACCCGGAGCAUCAUGUCCAGCUUCUAUAUGUCACUCCUGAAAUGAUCAACAAGAGCACGGCGUUCACCAACGGCUUGAUGACUUUGUGGAGAAACAAGAAGCUGGCUCGUCUAGUCAUUGAUGAAGCACAUUGUGUCAGUCAAUGGGGCCACGACUUCAGGCCAGAUUACAAAAUGCUCGGCGAGGUUCGACGCAACUACCCGGGUGUACCAGUCAUGGCUUUGACAGCCACGGCAACCAACAAUGUCAUUGUCGACAUCAAACAUAACCUUGAUAUGGAGGGUUGCACAGUCUUCUCGCAAAGUUUCAACCGCCCGAAUCUCUAUUACGAAAUUCGGCCCAAAGAGAAACAGCCCGUUGAACGCAUUGCUGAUAUUAUCAUCGAAAGGUUUCCUGGCAAGACUGGCAUUGUCUACACACUCUCGAGGAAGCAGACGGAGAACAUCGCCAAGAAGCUGACAGAACGCGGCAUCAGGGCAGAGCACUACCAUGCGGCCUUGCAAACAGAGGAAAAGACCCAGGUGCAGCGAGACUGGCAGAGUGGUCGGGUCAAGGUGGUCGUCGCCACCAUCGCUUUUGGUAUGGGCAUCGACAAGCCCGACGUACGCUUUGUCAUACAUCAUUACCUCCCAAAGAGCUUGGAAGGCUAUUACCAAGAAACCGGCCGAGCAGGCCGUGAUGGACUGCCAUCGGACUGCAUCCUCUUCUUCGGCCACGGCGACAUUCACAGCCUCAGGAAAAUGAUAGAUGACGGAGAUGGGAAUCGCCAGCAGAAGGAGCGGCAAAAGGAAAUGCUCAACCGUGUCGUCAUGUUUUGUGAGAAUUCGCGUGACUGCCGUCGCAGUCAGCUUCUUCACUACUUCGGCGAGUCGUUCUCCCGAGACAAGUGUGAGAAGACAUGUGACAACUGCAGAAUUGGCGGGACAUUCGAGGUUGCAGACAGGACGAAAUACGCCGUGGCAGCCUUGGAGGCCGUCAUGUAUCACACACGUCUGACCUUAAACCAGUGCACUGACGUGCUGAGAGGCACGAAGAAGCCCGACGGGGAUGAAGAUGCGCAGUCGUUUCAUGGCAUUGCAAGGCAUCUCAAAAAGCCUGAGGUCAGCAGCGUCAUCGUCAGAUUGGCUGCGGAAGGAGCAUUGGAUGAAGAGAAUCGAGUCGGCGGUGGGGGGAUAGCCAUCCAAUACUUCAUUCUCGGUCGCGAGGCAGCUAGUUUCUUGUCUGGUGGUCGUAAGCUCGAGGUAGUGGUUCGAACCGGCGGCGAUAAGAGCGUCGCAGCCAAGGCCACCAAGAAGAAGACCACGAAGAGGAAAUCUGCGACAGAAGCGAACGAAGAGCUGGCCCGACCAGCGUCAACAUUGGUAUCUUCUCCAGUACGUCGUAGUGCUGGAAAAAUCAGAAAGGGCAAAGCCGUUGCAAGUUUCUUUGAUGAUGAGGCCAUAGCUGAAGGCGAUGAGUCUGAUGGCCUGGAGCCUGGAGCGGUUCUCCACUACAAUGGCUACGAACAAGACGAUUUCUGUGUGCCGGAUGACGAAGAUGAUUACUUUGGGCCAGCUCAAAAGACGGCCACCAGGUCACGGCGACAGCGCACUCUUGAUGAACUCGGGCCGCCUAUUUCAAAAGCCACAGAUCACGAUGCACUGGAUGAUAUCCAUGAAUUCAUAGUCGCAGCUUUCCUUGACGAUGCCAAGAAAUUAGAAGAACAGCUACGUAACAGCAAGGGCUAUCGUCGACCGCUCUUCACCGAAAUACAACUCCGCCAGAUGGCAAUCACGUGGACCACGACGGUCGACCAGAUGCGCCGCAUACCUGGGAUCAAAACCGAGAAUGUCGACAAGUUCGGCACCAAAUUCAUUCCUCUUGUCCUACAAUUCUACGACAAUUACCGCGAAAUGAUGGGCCAAGACGAUGAUGGCGCGAUGGCCACCAUACCUGGCACGGCCGGACCCUCGACAUCGCGGCGUCCCACAGAGCCGCAGAGCGACAUCAUUGACCUGGUCACCGAUGAUGAUGAUGACCAAGACGACGACUACGAAGACCCGGGGGUGCCAUCCAAGUACUUUGGUGGUCAUGAUGAUCCCAUCAAGAGCCAAUUGGACAGCUGGACCGACCGUUUCACUGCUACGACGCAGUUCGACGAUUCUGGCCCCGCGUCCCGCGGCCGCAGCACUGCGAAGAGGGGCUCGCAGGGAGGCUCCAAGAGGAACUACUUCCGCAAGGGCGGUGCUGGCAGCCGUGGCGGCAGCAGGUCGUACAGCGGUGUGUCCAAGGGCAAAGGCAGGAGGUCUAGCGGUGGGUCGUCAAAGGCGGGUGCGAGUAGAGGUGCUUCCAGACCGGGACGUGGGGGCAGAGGUGGAAGUGGGAGCGGUAUUGGUGUAAUGCCGUUUUGA